AUGUUGAAAAACCCCGGAGCAGUUUUGGUUUUCAAGCCUAACACAAAGAGGGAGGAAGGAAGAAAAACGCAGCUGUCGAAUAUACAGGCGAGUCGGGCAGUUAGCGAAAUUGUGAAGACAACACUAGGCCCUAUGGCAAUGUUGAAAAUGAUGCUUGAUCCGUUGGGGGGAAUAAUAAUAACUAAUGAUGGCAAUUCAAUUUUAAGAGAAGUGGAUGUAGCUCACCCAGCAGCAAAAUCGCUGAUAGAAUUAAGUAGAUCUCAGGAUGAAGAAGUAGGAGAUGGAACAACAUCGGUAGUGAUAUUAUCAGGUGAGUUACUAAACAUAGCGGAAGCAUUUCUAAAGCAGAAGAUACAUCCAACAAUUAUAGUAAAUUGUUAUAUGAAUGCUUUAAAUUGUAGUUUAAAAUAUUUAGAAGAAAUUGCAAUUGAGGUAGAUGUAAAUGAUGAAGGGAAUCUAUUAAAAGCUAUAGAUUCAUGUUUAAGUACAAAAUUUGUUAGUCGUUAUAACAGUAUUAUUAGUAAAUUAGCAUUAGAAGCAACUCAGUGUGUUAAGAUAGAAAACAUAAUGGGUAAAAAAGAAAUAGAUAUAAAAAGAUAUGCAAAGGUGGAAAAAAUACCUGGAGGAGAAAUAACAGACAGUUAUGUACUAAAGGGUGUAAUGAUAAAUAAAGAUAUUACACAUCCAAAAAUGAGAAGGUAUAUUAAGAAUCCACGUAUAUUAUUACUAGAUUGCACAUUAGAAUAUAAAAAAGCAGAAAGUCAAACAAACGUAGAAAUAUUGGAUGAAAAUACAUGGAAUCAAUUACUUUUACAGGAAGAAAUAGAAGUUAAAAAGUUUUGUGAAUAUAUAAUUGAUAGUAAAUGCGAUGUAGUAAUAACAGAAAAAGGUGUAUCUGAUUUAGCUCAACAUUUUCUUGUUAAAAAGAAUAUAAGUGUUAUUAGGAGAGUAAGAAAAACAGAUUUGAAUAGAUUAGAAAGGAUUAGUGGUGCUACAAUUGUUAACAGAUGUGAUGAAAUUGUUGAGAGUGAUAUUGGUACACAAUGUGGUUUAUUUGAAGUUAAAAAAAUUGGAGAUGAUUACUAUUCCUUUUUUGUUGAAUGUGAAAAUCCUCGUGCAUGUACUAUUUUACUUAGAGGAUCAACUAAAGAUGUGUUAAACGAAAUAGAAAGGAAUUUACAUGAUGGUAUGAAUGUAGCUAAAAAUAUAAUCAUAGAAGGGAAAUUAUUAUAUGGUGGUGGAUGUACAGAAAUGCGAGUUGCUCAACAUCUACUUAAAGAAGCAAACCAUUUUGAUGAUUCAAGAAAAAGCAUAACAGAAGCAGUUGCUACAGCCCUUGAAAUUAUUCCAAAAAUUUUAGCACAAAACAGUGGAGCUAAUGUAGUAAAGACUAUAAACAUGUUAAGGAUAAAACAUGAAAAUAUUGAUGGAGAGAAGUAUGGAAUAGAUGGUAUUACAGGUGAUAUUAUUGAUGUAUCGACAAAAAAUAUUUGGGAUUUACUUUCUGUAAAGAAGCAAAUAUACAAAAGUGCAAUUGAAGCUGCUGCCAUGAUUCUUCGAAUUGACGAUGUGGUUAGCGGAAUAGGAAAGGAGGAUAAGAUUCAGAAGCCCGUUCAGAAUGAGUUCGAUUAG